AUGUGGGGGCCUCCAGGUGGUGACCUCCAAGUGGGGAACCUCCCAGUGAGGGCCUCCAGGUGGGGGGCCUCCAGCUGGGGACCUCCAAGUGGGGAACCUCCCAGUGAGGGCUUCCAGGUGGGGACCUCCAGGUGGGGACCUCCAGGUGGAGAACCUCCCAGUGAGGGCCUCCAGGUCUGGUACCUCGAUGCACAGGUGGGUGGAGAACUAGGGCUACCCCCGCGCCCCCGCGUCAGCCCAGCAGCACCCCCCCCCCAUCUCCGGCGGCCCCGGGGGCUGAAGGAUGCUCGGAAGCAGGGACGCGGCCCCGACCCCGUCUGCAGCCCUUGGCAGAGCGAGCCCGGGGCGUCCCGGGGCGGUGGGGGCAGGUGGCCGGGCGCGGCCGGCAGGUGGCGGAGCGCGCCGGGAGCCCACGUGCGCAGGGGCUGCAGAAGUUUUCCGCCGCGUCCCCGGAAGGACCGCCUGGCUUCCACCCGGGCGCCUCGGGGGCGGGGGCAGCCCCUCCAGCCCCCCUGGGCCGCGGGCCCGAGCUGCGGGCGGCGGGCGCGGGGGCUCAGCCCGGAACAAAGAGACUCGGGCGCCGGGACCGGCCUCUCCCGUCGGGGCGAUCACGUGUCCUGCCUCCGCCGGAACGCGCGCCCGCCGCCCACGCUACGGGAACCUCGACCGUGCUCGGAAACGUCGCCAAGGUUAAAACGGGAUCACGUAGAACCGCUGCCGGCCGCGGGUCCGCGGGUCCCCGGGUCGGGGGCUGACCCAGCUCGCAGCGCAGGUGGCUCCCAGGUGCUCCCCGCGCGGAGGCAAAGUGGCCGCGGAGGGCAGGUGCGGGCCCUUGGGGGCUCGCCGCCCCGCCCCCCGCCCGCGGCGUCUCUAACCCCUCGGGGAGGGGAACUUCCAGAGGAGCGUGGGAGUCGCAGGUGGCUGCGCUCCGAGGCCCAUCGCGCAUCCCGGGACUUGCGCGAGCGACCCGGUCCGUGCGCCCCGCGCUGCGCCCUCGGGACUCGGCGGGCGGAGCCGCCCCCCCCCCCGCCCCGGGCCGAGGAGCAGCCCGAGGAGGCACCUGUGCAGCCGUCGCCCCUGCGAACUCGCGCUAUUUUUCGCGGCAGCCCGUGCGCCCCCGGCCCCGGCCGCUCCCCGGCAGGGGGGACCCCGCGCGCGCGGAGGCUGCAGACGAGCGCGAGCCGCUCCGGGAGCCCCAGGGCACCUCCUGCCCCCGCUCCCCGCCCCCCCCCCCCCCGGCCGCCGAGGAUCCCCAACGAGUCCCGCAUCCCUCGGGGCUCUCGGGGGACGAGAUGCGGAGGGAGGCUCAGCGCUGGGACCCGGCACCGCGCGGGGUCUCCAGCUCCGCCUUUGCAACACAAAGGAGGUGUGUGGGCAGGAGCUGCCGGGCUCCGGGGGUGGGGGGGACACAGGCACCCCCCACUCCCCGGACUCCGAGGCUCCCCGCUUCCUCGGCCCUCCAACCUGUCACCCUCGUCGCCCCCUCCGGCCCCCUCCAACCCCACCCUUCCCCUCCGGUCCCAAAGGCAGCGGGAUCCUCUUAAUUGCCUUUCCCAAGCCAAGACAUCAACAGGUCCCCGGCAGCCCGGGCCACCGGGGCUCCCAGGCGCCCGCACGGCCGGCGCCCGCGCCCGAGGCACCGCGCGCCCCGCAAGCGCGCAGCUCCCCGACAGCGCCCCGGGGCGCCCCAGCCCCGCACCUCGGGCGCUCAGCGUCCCCGCAGCCCCCGGCCCCCCACCCCACCCCCCGGGCCACGAAACAGGAGCGCGCUACUCACAUCGCCGGCGGGAGCCACUGCCCAUGAGGUUGGCGAGAGCGAGUCGUGCCGCCGCCCGGGCUGGUUCCUGA